AUGGAAAGCAACCGAGAUGAGGCUUCCCGCUGCAUUGAGUUGACUAGAAUAUACAUAAAAAAAAAGGAUUUGGAUAAUGCUUGGAAAUUUUCGGUUAAAGCUAACAAAUUAUACCCAUCAUCGGAAACAAAACGUUUAAUGAGAAAAUUAAAAUCAUCAAUGAAACGUUCUAAACAACGGUCAAUGAAACGAAAUCAAUCAGAUGAUUCUGAUUCUUCAUAUAAUGGUGAUAAUUCAAAUUCAUCUUCCAGUACUGACUGUGAUACUAAGCAACCACCAAAAAAGAAAAAAUUGGGCUGCAAAUCAAGUACUACUUAUUCAUAUAAAAUGUUUAAAGAGAUAAAUAAAGAUGAAUCUUACAAGUGUCUUGAAAAAGCAGAGGAAUACUUACAAAGCAAACAAUUUGAUCUAGCAGAAAAGUUUAUUCAUAAAUCAAUCAAGCUUUUUCCAAUGUCCAGAGCUGAUGAACUUUUAAAACAGCUUCAAGAAAUGAAAGAUACUAAUAAGCCUGAUUAUACAGAAGAACAAGCAAAUGUUGUUAAAAAGGUGAAAAAUAGUCAAAAUUACUACACAAUGUUAAACAUUAAAACUACUGCAACUAUUCCUGAAAUAAAAAAAGCAUAUAAGAAAUUAGCUUUAUUAUUACAUCCGGAUAAAAAUUCUGCACCGGGUUCAGGAGAAGUUUUUAUAGUUGUUACUAAUGCUGUUGACACAUUAUGUGAUUAUACGAAACGUAAAAUAUAUGACCAAACUUUAAGAAAACCUUCUACUUCUACAUCUAGUCAUUAUUCACAAAGUUCCUACCGACAUCAAUCUCCUCAUUACCAUUCAGGAUAUAGUGGACAUCGAUACCCAUAUAGAUUCUAUCACAGUCCACAAGCUACAUAUUAUAAUUCCACUGAUGAUGAUAAUGAAGAUGACUAUUGUACUGAGAAUGAGUACUAUAGUAAUCUUGAUUUUUAUGACUCAUUUGAUUAUUAA